AUGAAGUACUCAACCGUCGCAUGCGCCAGCUUUGUCGCUACUGCUGCUGCUCAGCCUCACCAUGGAAACCACCAGCACCACCAUGUCCUCCGCAACAACGUCAACAUCCCUCGCGCCCAGGUCACCGUUACCACGUGGAAAACCGAGAUUGCCUACGUCACUGAGGUGAUUGACGAGACCACCACCGUCUGGAUCACUCCUGGACAGGAAGCUACUCCCACUCCCUCCAGCAAGGCUCAGGGCAACUUUUAUGAGACUCCCUCAGCUGUUGCUGAAGAGCCCAAGACCAAGCCUACCUCUCAGGUUGCUCCUCCUCCUCCUCCUCCACCGGCUCCCACGACCUCUACCUCUGUCUACGUUGCUCCUCCUCCUCCCCCUCCUGCUCCUACCACCACUUCGGUUUAUGCUGCUCCUCCUCCUCCUCCCGCCCCCAAGCCCCAGACUUCCUCUACUCCCAAGGGCGGCAAUGGAGGCGGCUCCGGCUCCGGCUCCGGUUCCGGUUCGUUCAGUGGUGAUAUCACCUACUACACCGUCGGCAUGGGUGCUUGUGGCGAAGACGACAGCGGCAAGGACAACAGCGAGAACAUUGUUGCCCUUUCUCACCUCAAGAUGGGCACUCAGUCCAACGGCAACCCCAUGUGCGGCAAGUCCAUCACCAUCUACGCCAACGGCAAGACUGCUACCGCCACCGUCAAGGACAAGUGCAUGGGCUGCGAGACCGACGCCAUUGACGUGAGUGAGAAGGUAUUCAAGGACCUCUUUGGUGGCUUGGGUGGUGGCCGUGAGAAGAUUACCUGGUCUUUCAACUAA